AUGGACAACCGAGCACCAACUGACAGACCCCUGAUGAAAAGAGGAACCUUCAAGAGAAACUUCCGGAAAGAACCUAAGGACCAAACAUACCUGUGCUACGAGGUGGAGGUCCGGCAGGGCGUUGCCUGGGUCGCAGUGGAGGGGCUCCAGGGCAUUCGACGCAAAAGGCCUCAGCACCUGGAUAGGAGGAGAAAGUACAGGCUCACCUGGUACAUAUCCUUGAGCCCCUGCCCAGACUGUGUUCCAAAACUGGUUGAAUUCCUGGAGGAGAACAGACACGUGCAACUACGCAUCUUCGCUGCUCACAUCCAUACCAAAAUCAGUGGCUAUGAGGAUGGGCUGCGCAGGCUGCGGGACGCUGGGGCCGAACUCGCCAUCAUGACCUUCGAAGAGCUCCAGCACUGCUGGGAAAAAUUCGUGUACCACGGGACGCGGAUGCAGCCGUUGAAGCCUGAGACGGAACUGGAAAAAAAGUUACAGAAGCUGAAGGAGAUUCUCAGACUCACUGUGUCUCAGGACCUGGUCAAAGCCCCUUUCAUCCCCAAGCGUGUCCAGACUGCACCAAUUCUCACAGCAGGGAAUGACUACUGA